AUGAGUUUGCUUGUGGCAUAUCCGUAUAUAUGUCGGCCACAUGAGUCGUCUCAUGUAUCCGAUCAUAUAUUAAAGUCAAAAGAAAUCAGAAUCUUUUUGGUCAUCGCAGUUUCCAAGAGAAUAAGCUUAUCAUCUAAGCACCAGCAAACCUAUGGAACUCGAUUCGACCAAAUACGAUUGACGGCUAGACAGACUCUCAUGGCGAAGACACGUAUCAUACAAUGCAACCAUUCACCACACACGCGUCCAGACACCGCGAUCGUCAUCUCCCACGUUUGCUGUUCAUCCAUAUCUUUAAAGCCCAUGGUCUGCAUCUACCGACCUUACCGUCCCUCUGUCAAUUCAAUAACGAUUAGACUUAACAAUCGAGAGUUGUCGAUCAAGACGAUGCAUCUUGUGUUCCUUUGUCUUGUUCUAACGUCGCUGGUAACUGGAGCGACUUGGUCUCCUUCUCCACCUCCUCACCACCACCGAUUUGUCGUCGAAUUCGAUGAAGAACCCGACGGGAACACCAAAGUUUCGAUUUCACAACACGACGACGAUGCCAAGAUCGACGCCGGUGGCUUCGCAGCUGGGCCGAGAGAGCUCUUCGGCAAGUGCAGAUAUAAGCUUGCGAACGUAAUCGAGAAGACGAAAAACGUUGUUUCUGGUAAACGCAUUGAUGUUUCAAGCGAGCUUCACAACUUCGAAGAGCAGGUGAAAGAAGUAACGGAUGAAGUGGUGAAAGUUGGUGAUCCUAAAGUCAAAUUAUCGGAAAAACUAUCGGAAAAGUUUAAAGCAGUCGGAGAAAAGGCCAAGGAUGUGGCUGGAAUCGUGAAAAAUGCUGUGGGGAAACCACUAGGCCUGUUUACCUCUGGGGAAGGCACAAAAGGAACGCUUAAAGACUCGGUACUUAAAGUGGAACAAUGGGAUCUUGUAGAUUCACCAAAGCGAAUAGGGGAAGAUAUUGAAAGUAACGCUACCCGGAAAGUUGAAGAAGGGGUGGAAGAAAUGAGAGAAACAGUGAAAACUGUACAAGAAACUAGUUGGAAUGAUCUUCUAACAAGAUCUACCAGUAUGGCGACAGUAUUAAUAGACAAGAUACAAUCAGUGAUCAGUUGGUGUCACUUAUUAGGGUUCUCGACAGCUUACGGGAUGGGAGUGUGGGUUACGUUCUUUUCGAGCUCUGUUUUGGGCAAGUGUCUACCUAAGCGACAGUACGGAAUGAUCAUAAAUAAGUUGCACAUGGUGUAUUUCAGGGCAAUGUCGUAUUGUAUCGGGGCAGCUUUCAUCGGGUAUCUGGUAAGCCUCGGGAGAAAUUUGUUCUUUUUGUCCAACAAGAUGGCGGUAUUUCAAGGAUUUAAUCUCCUCUCUGCGCUUCUUAUGAAUUUGAUCAAUAUGAUGUUUUUGGAGCCUAGAGCAACAAAGAUAAAGAAGAUAAAGGAGGACAGUGGAACAAAAAGUACUGUAUCAUCAGAGAAACUACAACUAAGCACAUACUCGUCGACGUUGAACUUCUCGACAAUGGUGGUGCUCACAUGGCACCUGGCAUACAUAGGUCAACUAGUUCAAGCUGGAAACCCAUGA